AUGCAAUAAUACGAAGGAUUGAUUGAGGAGAACACUCAAUUAAAGAAAGCUAUCAUUUCUUCUAAGGCUGUGAUAGGCAGAAAGAUUAGUAAUUAAAUUCAUUAUUAUUUAAGAUGAAUAUGAGACUUUAUAGGCAAUAAAUGAUGAAUUGAAAUAGAAUCUUGAUAAAAUGAGAUUAGAGAAUUAGGAUUUAUUAUAGAAGUAUAAAAUAGCUAUGCAUGAUAAAAAAUAAACAGAAUAAUAAUUUGAUAAUGCUACUAAGAAUUGGAAACUUUUAAUUGAAUAAAAACAAAGAGAAAUAGAAGAGAUCUAAAGUAGAUUGACACCUGCUUUUGAUUAGGAUAUGAUGAGAAUUAAAUUAUUGAAUGAAUUAGAUUUACCACAUAGAUAAUAAUUGGAAUAAAAGUAAUUAGAGAUUGAAAAGUUGAAUGAAAUAAUAUAUUAAUUAAAAAGAAAGAUUGAUUUGGAAUUAUCAAGAGUAGAAACUAUAUAAGUAGAUAAAGAUAAGGAAAUGAAAUUAUUAUCAGAAAAACAUAAAUUAGAUAUGGCAGAUCUUUAACAUCAAAUAUCAGAUUUAACAAGAUAAGUAGAAGACAAUAAAGAUAGAGAUACAAUAAGAAGAUUAAGAAAAGAUUUGGAAGAAUAUAAAUUAAAAUUUAAUGCUACUGAUACUGAAAAUGAAGAAUUAAGAAAUGAAAGAGAUAAAAUUAGAGAAGAAAAAAAUGAUAUUAUGAUUAAAUUUGCCAGAUAACUUGAUACUGAAAGAAAUGAUAAAAGAUAAUUUAAAAGUGAUUUUGAUAAAUUAUAAGUGAGAACUAGAUUUUUAGAAGAUGAAUUUAGAAAAGAAAAAUAAAGAAGAGAAUAAAUAGCAACUGAUUUUGAAAUUUUAAAAACAGAAAAAGAUUAAUUAUUGACUGAUUUGAGAAAAAAAGAUGAUACAAUCCAUUAUUUAUAAAGAAAAAUUACAGAUAUGGAAGAAGAAUAAUUGGAAUAAGAAUAAAAAGUUCAAGAUAAAUUAACACGUUUGUAUUAAGAUGAACAUGAUAAGUAUUUAUAGGAAAGAAAUAAAGCUGUUACACUUUAAAAAGAUCUUGAUAACUUAAAAAAAAGAUUUAGUGAUCUUUAAGAUGAUUAUAAAGUAUUGAGGGAUCGAUAUCAAAAAGAAAAUAUAGAUAAUAAAGAUUCAACUAGAAUUUAGAAUGAAGAAAUUGAAAAAUUGAAGAAAACACUAUCUCAACAAACAAAAGAGAUUGGAGAUUUAGAAAGAUCAAAUAAAAAUAAAGAAGAAUAAAUUCAUGAUUUAGAAAAUGAAAAUGAAACAGUUAAAAGAAGAAAUAGAGAACUUCAACAUAGAAUCUAAUUAAUAGAAGUAAAUCCUAUUCCAAAUCCAAUCUAAACUCAACCUAUUAUGAGUUAAUCUUAAGUUCCUACACUUAGUUAAGUACCUUAAUUUGCAUAAUAAAUUUAAGAACAAUAUGAUACUACAAAACCUAUUAAGUAAUAAACUCCAUUAUAAUCAGAAAAUGAUCCAUAAAAUCAAUAAUAAAUGUAGGCUUAAAAAUAAUCUCUUUAACAAAUUAGUGAAGAAAAUAGAACUUUAAUUUCUAAAAAUAAAAAACUCAAUAAAAAACUUAAAAUUGCAAAUGAGAAAAUUCUUGAACUCUCUAUGAAAAAUACUAUCUUAGAGAAAUAAAUAUAGAGAUAACACUCAUAAACACCAAUAUAAGAUUUUGAUAGAUCUAAUUUUGGUCUACAUGCUCAUUCUUAAUCUCCAUUUAGAUAAGAGGCUUAUUAAUAAUUAAGCAAUUAAACAGUUGAAUAAAGGCCAUAAUAAUAAACUAUUCAUACUGAUACUAGAUUAGAUAGAUAUGAUAAAUAAGAUAAAUAAGAGAGAUAAACUAGAUAAGAUAGAUUCACUUAAUAAUCAUAAGAUAAAUAUAGACCAAGAGGUUAAUCUGGAGUUGAUGCACGUGGAGUCUAAGGUCAUCCAAUUGAUAUAAAAGAUGACGAAUUAUUGAAUAAAGUAAUGAUGCUUACAGAUGCUUCUGGAUAGAACAAAUACUGGUGA